UAAGCGAACUUGGGAAGGCACCGAUAGGUUUUUCGCAAUCAGAGCGAUGAGAAUGGAUCUGUAAGCUUCAAAGAGCCAAUCUUUGAAACGCGAGAUCCAAAAAAGACAAGCGGGCUCCAUAAAUACGUGCGUUACACGUGCUACGAUUAAGUAUCGUCGCGCUCAAGUGGAGCGAAUUUAUAAUUUAUAAUUUGUGGAGUGUCUGCCUCGAAUGUGAGGUACGAGGAUGAAAGUGCAAGCUCUGGAUUUCAAUCGCCCGAAGAACGCGAUGAGAAAAGAAUUGCGGAGCAGUUAAUAAUAAGAUCUGAAUCGCGGGCUUAUUUUGCUUUCAUUUUGAAUCCAUCGCGUCUGGUCGGGUGUCUCCCGCAACGGCGAUGAUUGGUUUCGGUCGUUCCACCUUCCGAGCGAGACGCGACGUGAUGCGACGCUCUCGCGGCAUAUGUGUGUGUGUAUGUGUGUAUGCAUGCAUGUGUGCGUGCGUGCGUAACAACGGGCGACGUGCACGUCGAUGACGAUACCCGCUUCGCCUUCGAGGAGUAAAGACCCGGUUGGGUGAAGUGACUCGAUGUCGGUAGAGGUGACCGAGUGCAAUCAAGUGUAUCGGGAGUCGCUGGAGCAGAUAACCAACGUUACGCCUUCGAGAGGCGUAACUUUAUCAAACGCUGUAACGUGCCGAAAGUCCGAGAGUGGCGGCGGCUUUCAUCAGUACAGGUCCAUUCAUAAGGUAAAAUCAAUGACGGAUUGGCGCAAAGAAUUCCGCGGCCCUCGAUUGGCCGCGGCGCGUCGCCAUGAUGCCACCGCCGACCAAUCGACAUCCCAUUUGCGGCGUCCGCGUUUUCCCUCUCGCUCUGCCAUUCGUCGCGCGAAACAACGCGCUUCGCCGAAGCAAAACACGAGCCGCGACGCAACGCGUGACUUUGUGGAGCAAAUGGUAUUGCUUUCCCGUGAAACAAUUAACCAUACCGCUUCCGUUUCCGGAUGCCUGAAUUUUGCACGAUAGCAAUAUAAUCUUUCGGCUUUAGGAAGCCGGCUUAAAAGAGAAAACUUAUUUCGCGAGACACUACGUAGUACAGAGUUUGAAUUUAAAACUUGAACGACGCACCCCGAAAUGUAAUAACAUAAAAUUGAGCCAACGUCUCUUUUACAUUUAAUUAUAUUUAAAUGU